ACCCUCUAACUGAUAUGAAAAAACCAAAGUUUUGCUUGGGAAUGAAGUUUGCAGAUGUAAAUGUAUUGAGGGAUGCCUUAUGAGAGAUGGCAAUUCAGGGAGGAUGGGAAUAUGUCUAUAUCAAGAAUGAUAAGACCAGGUUAAGGGUGGUGUGCAAGGAGGAUAACUGCCCAUUUGUUUUGUUUGCCUCAAAAAUGCAACAUGAAAGCACUAUUCAGAUGAAGGAGUAUGUACCAACUCACAACUGUACAAGAAAGUUCAACAAUAGCAUGGUUCGGAUGAGAUACCUAACUGCAAAGUUCAAGGACUAGAUUGCUCUUAACCAAGAGAUAACACCAGGUUUAUUAACUUUGACUUGUUUCUAACCACUUAUUUAUGGUUCUGAUAUAUUUUUUAACUAUUAGUUCUAUUUGGUAUUUUCAGAUUCUCUAGCUAAGACCAUGUCAGCUACCAUUAGAGCUAGAGUUUCAAGGUCCCAGGCUUAUAGAGCUAAAAGAGCUGCCAUGUUGGAGGUUGAGGGAUCCAUUAGAGAGCAGUAUGCUAGGCUGAGGGAUUAUGGGAUGGAGCUGCAGAGGGUUGAUCCAGCAACAACAAUAGACAUAAAAUGUGACUUCAACAACCGGGAGAAGCUACCCAUAUUCAAAAGAAUGUACAUUUGCCUGGGAGCUUUAAAGGAGGGGUUCAAGGCUGGAUGUAGAGCAGUUAUUGGACUUGAUGGAGCACAUCUUAAGAGUUGCUUUGGGGGUCAGCUUCUAACGGCUGUCGAAUUGAUGCCAACAACACUUCUUGGGUUGUGGCAUAUGCAAUGGUGGAGCUGGAAAGCAAGGAUAGCUGGACUUGGUUUCUUGAAUUGUUGGUGAAUGACCUGAGUAUUGAGAAUGAAGGUGCAGGCUGGACUUUUAUUAGUGAUAAACAGAAGGGGUUGAAACCUGCAUUUGAGGAUGUUGUCCCAUCUGCACAAAUCAGAUUUUGUGCAAGACAUUUAUGGACAAACUUCACCAAGCUCUUUCCUGGAAAGGUUAUGAAGGAUCAGAUGUGGAAAGCAGCAAAGUCGACAACUUUGCCUUACUUUCUAAAAGAAAUGGAGGAGAUGAAGUCCAUUGAUGUUGAUGCUUAUAAUUGGUUGACAGCACCCGAGAGGCCACCCAAACAUUGGUCCAGAGCUUACUUCAGACCAGGCAACAAUUGUGACGUCCUCAUUAACAACAUGUGUGAGAGCUUUAAUGGCCUUAUUGUACACGCAAGGGGUAAGCCACCUAUCACAAUGUUUGAAGAGAUACGGAUGAUGAAGUUAAUGAGGAGGGUUCAAAGGAGGAAAGACAAGAUGGCAGCUUAUGAAGGAACUAUCUGUCCAAAGGCCAGAAAUGUUAGAGAGAAGAAUAAGAUCAAGGCUGCUGAAGACUGCAUUUCAACAUUCAAUGGUGGGGACCAAGCAGAAGUGGAGAACAUUGAGGGUUCCAAGAAUGUUGUUGACCUUGCUGCAAGGACAUGCAGUUGCAGGAGGUGGGAUUUGACUGGAAUCCCAUGUAAGCAUGCAAUUUCUGCCAUCUUUGGAAAGAGGGAGGAUGUAGAUGCAUAUGUGGCCGAUUGCUACCUCAAGAGUACAUAUAUGAGUAUCUACUCCAACCUGAUAAUGCCUGUUAAUAGCAUGGAUAUGUGGUCAAGAAGUGAAGAACCAAGCAUCUUACCUCCUCAAUAUUCAAGGCAACCGGGUAGGCCAAAGACUAAGAGAAUCAAGGAUGCUUCUGAAAAGGUUCAAGAUGGUGUUGGGAAACUUGGAAGGGUGCAAAGGUCACUCAAGUGUAGCAACUGCAACCAAGUAGGACAUAAUCUCAAAACUUGUCAAAGGCAUUUGCCUUCAAAGGAGAGGAAGACUUCUGCUGUUUCUAGGAAGAGGAAGGCAAAUAAUGAAGCUGAUCAAGGUUCUGAAAAUCAGUCCAAGAGAGGUAAAAAGGGUCCUAUGACUGCCAAUGAGUUGAGGCAGAAAGUGAAGGAAAGAGCUCAGUAUCAAAGCAUAUGUUGCAUGCCAUUUUUACUAUCUACUGCACUUAAAAGUCUCAUUCUCAAGUUAAAUUGA